AUGGCAUCCUCAUCUUCUUGUCAUGUUGGUGAAAUAAAACAUGAUGUGUUCAUCAGCUUCAGAGGGACAGACGUGCGCAAAGGUCUUCUCAGCCAUUUGAUAAGAGAAUUACGGCGCAAGCAGAUUGAUGCGUAUGUGGAUGAGAGACUUGAUAAAGGAGGUGAAAUAUCAUCCUCGCUUCUCACAGCAAUUGAAGGGUCACAAAUUUUAUUGGUCAUUUUCUCCAAAGACUUUGCUUCCUCACAGUGGUGCUUGGAAGAGCUUGCCAAAAUGGUUGAAUGCAUGGAAACAAAUAAACAGAUUGUUCUACCUGUUUUCUUCAACGUAGAUCCAUCACAUGUGCGCCACCAAUAUGGAGAUUAUGGAGAUGCUUUAGCUAAACAUGAAGAAAAGUUCAAGGGAAACCUGCUCAAGGUACAAAGUUGGAGAUCAGCUUUGAAAAAAGCUGGUCUUUUAUCCGGAUUUCAUUAUCCAACCAAUUUUGAGAAUGAAUCUGAUCUUGUCGAUGAAAUUGUGGAAGACAUUUCAGUAAAAUUGAGCAAGUAUUACCCAAAAGACAGCAAAGACUAUGUUAUAAAGCAACUAGAUGCUUGGGGAUUUUAUGGAGCUAGUGGACUGGAGGUUCUCCAACGAAAAGCUCUUAUAACAAUUUCAAAUGACAACAGAAUACAAAUGCACGACCUGAUUCGACAAAUGGGUUGCGAAGUAGUUCGUCAAGAAUCUAUCAUAUAUCCAGGAAGACGCUCCCGAUUGCGGGAUAAAGAGGAAGUAUGCAAUGUGUUGAGAUAUAAGCUGGGAAGCGAUAAGGUGGAGGCCCUGCAAAUAGAUGUGUUUGGAAUUAAAGAUUUACCUCUGAAAUUAGGCAUUUUUAGAAAGAUGCCUUGGCUAAGAUUUCUCAAAUUUCAUUUCCCAUUGCAUGCUGAUAUUUUCCUGCCGCCAAGCCAAGAUGGAAAUUUAUGGUAUGGACAAAAUGAAUUCCCGUUGCUUUUAUCUGCAGGGUGCAAAGAACUGAUGAAAGUUGCAAGUGAGAUUCACAUAAAAUGUGUUGACUACCUUUAUAUUGAUGGUUGCUCAGAUCCUUCACUCCUGAACAAAUCUUCAGUAACAUCGACGAACUUAGGACGUCAUGGAGUGGAAACAAUAUCGUUGGUAUUGAUGUCACAGAACGAAUCCAUUGGUUCCCUCAGGAAUCUUGAAUGCUCAGAUUUGCUUGAUCAACAAUUUAAGACUCUGGCCGAUGAGCUACUUUGCUUGAGAUCUACUUAUUAUCUUAAGCUUUGUAAGAAGAGCACGGGACAAGACAGCAUAAAACCUAAGUUACACAUUCUGUUUGACUGCUUAAGGUUUUAUGAGAGAAUAUCUGUGAGCCAGUUGGAUAAUGCAGAUGUUGGGGGUAAUCGGGUGAUGUUUCUUCAUAUGGCAGUGUUGACUUACCCACUAAGAUAUGGCAGCAUGGAUGGAUAG